AUGCCUACUGCAAUUCUCCGUUCCAAGCCAGACGCCCCUGUUGCGUAUGAGCUCUUCCAAGGAGAUGCCGCUAGCAGUCUUCUUGUAGUCUGCCUUAAUGGUCUUGGGCUUGCACAGACCAGCUGGAGACCAACCAUUGAGCUCAUUCAGCAGUCGCGUAUCUCCCCAAAGCCAUGGAUACUUACUUACGAUCGCUAUGGCCAAGGCGCUUCUCCAAAAGAUCCGCGUGAAAGCUUGCCGAACAAAGAUCCUGGCUAUGCGCACAAUUUGGACGAUGUUACCGACGAUCUUCAAGAGUUGAUUCAAACUGUUUCACCUGAUCGUUCCUCACGUAUCGUCUUUGUGAAUAACAGCAUAGGCGCACACGUCGCGCGAAGAUACGCUGACAGGUAA